UCCAUUAUCCAGACUGAAAAACAAUGGAAGACACAACAUGGGAGCAAAAGCUCCAAGCUUUAACUCACAUCCUUACAAGCCCCACAACCUCACCACCUCUCCACUCUCAAUUCUUUAUCUCCACACAAAUCCCAUGUUACCUUAACUGGGACUACCCUCCAGUUCUCUGCAAUAAACCCAACACGGACACUUUCCCUUCUCUUCACCUGAAAUGGGGAUUCUCAAUUUUCCUCAAAAGGGUCUCAAGAUUGGGUCUCCCUGAGACUUCCUGGAGGUCCAAGUGCCCUUACUAUCAGCCCCCACCAUUGAUCCUGGCCAAGGGAGUGGAGGAGGCACAGUGGGGUGAUGGGCAAAAGAGGGAGUAUGCUAGGAAGAGGCUAAGAAGGAAACGCCUAGUGAGCAAUGUCCAUCCUUUGAUUCCGGUUUUGGUUCCCGAUCUUUUGUCGUUCUUUCUUCUGUUGGUCAAUCCAUUUCCUGUUAAAGAUUCAUGAGAUAUUUUGUUAUCUCGAAAUUCUUUAAUAAGUACUAAAUUCCUAUGUAUUUAUCAAUUCUCUUUUUAACCUCGGAUUUUCUUGUUUAUUUGGUCGCUUGGUGAUUUCUGAUAUGUUUCUCAGUGAGACUAUUAUUUGCCAUAUCAAAUCUGAGUUAGCUUGAUCAAAGCAAAAAAAAAGAAGAAGUAGA